AUGGCUGACCUCCUGUUCCCAGGGCCCUACUGUAAGUACAGGCUGCAGGAGAAAAUGACCACCUUGAGCCAACCACCCUGCACGGUGACAGCCCACGAGACCUGUGAUUGUAUCAACACGAGGACUCUAAUAAUGGACGUUAGAGAGUUGAUGAACUGCCCUCACAGACCCAACAUCACCCAGAGAGAACUCUACAGGGUGAUCUUACGUUCCUGUUGUAAUGCUACAGGCGAGAUGAUCCUGACCAAUCAGAACACUAAGUCGGGCCAGAAGAUCCACUAUGAGACCAACCAAAAGCUAUUUAAAACAGUCGACAAGAAACUACACAGCAUGCUGCCAAAGGCCUUACCCUGGAGUAAAGGUUUGUUGGGUCAUUGUGCCGUGGUGGGAAGCGGAGGAAUCCUGCAGAAUAGCAGCUGUGGAGCAGAGAUAGACAGUGCUGAUUACAUCAUCAGGUUUAACCUGGGUCCGGUCACCAACAGUAAGGAUGUGGGGAACAAAACCCACCUGAUGACCAUCAACCCCAGUCAGAUCAGAGGUUACCGCAAUCUGACGAAGGACCCUCAACCGUUGGCCAAUCGUGUCGCAGUUUAUGGGAACGCCUCCCUGCUCCUGCCGGCAUUCAGCUACCAAUUCUGUACUGGACUGUCAUUGAAUGCUUACCACGCCCUUCAACCGCUGAGGCCCAAUCAGAAGGUGGUAUUCUUCAACCCCAAUUUCAUGCUUAAUCUGGGCAGGAAGUGGAAAGGGCAGGGCUUAAAAGAGCCACGCCUCAGCACCGGGCUGAUGCUGGCUAGUGUCGCCAUGGAACUCUGCGAAGAGGUUCAUAUUUACGGUUUCUGGCCCUUCUCUCUGGAUCUAAACCACAAUCCUUUGCCCCAGCAUUACUAUGACAAUGUGGGCCCUAACAAAGGCGUCCACUCCAUGCCUGAUGAGUUCCAACUGCUACUGAAGCUACACACACAGGGAGUGCUGCAACUACACCUGGGACACUGCUGA